AUGAGUUUAGAGAUUCUCGAUUAUCUCAAAUAGGAGAAUUAAUAAUUGUAAGAGCAGGUUCGUGAGCUCUAAGGAUUGCUUUAAUUGAAUAAGUAGGCUUUGAAGGUUUUGAUGCCAAAAACAAAUGAUGAAUAACAUAAGGGGCUAUUAACAGUAAUGAAGAAUUUGUAGGAAGAGAAUGAAACUCUACAAAUAACAAUAGAGAAAUUAGUUAAAGAGCGAAAUGAAGCUUAAAGUGAUUAAUUGAUCAAUCAACAAAUUACAGAAUAAGUCUAAAGAUAAGAGAAAGAAUUAAUCGCAUCACUAUAAUAAAAAAUGCAAGGCAUGUAAGAAAAUCUGAUGACUACUGAAAAUAAAUUGGCAAAAAUGGAGGAGUUGAAACCAGAAUAUGACGAAGUUGCUGGCGUGGUAAUAAAGUUUAAGGAAGUUUGCAAUCCUGAUCUUAUUGGUCUUAAAAUGCAUAAUGAAAUUCAAAUGUUAAAUGAACAAUUAUUAAUUGAGUAAAAACAAAAAUAAAAAUUAAUCAAAGAGAAAUCAAAUAUAUAAGGACUAAAUUUAAGAUUAAUGAAUGAAUUAUUGCAACAAAGAAGUGUAGCUCAUGCUGGUAAUAAACUAAUCUUCAUGAAUUAGGAUCCAGAUCAAUUAGUUGACUUUUAGACUAGAGCCCUUAAAUUAAUUAAUAAUUCCUCCUCUUCUGAAUCACAUUCCUCACAAGUAUCAGAAGCCCCUUUAGAUUCAAGUAAUUCACUUAAGAGAUAACAAUAAUGUUAAAUGAAUCCAAAAAAAGGAACAGUCAUUCCUAAGCUUAACCUAACAAUACCUAAAUAAAUAUAAGAGAUUAAUGCUAAAAGACUCAUCAUGCAGAGUCAAAAACCAUUAAAUGAUAUAUAAAGUAUGGAAAAAAUCUAAAAACUCGAAAAUGCUUUGGAUGAACUUAGAAAAAAUCAUUAAAGAGAAAUGAUAUUAAACAAAACACUCUAAGCCCAUAAUGAUGAAUUGUAGAGAUGUUGCGAUGAGAUGGAACAUAGAAUAAAAUUACUCACUAAUUCAAAUCUUCGUUAUUAGGAGAAAGCUAAAAAAAUGAAUGCCAAUUACAAAUUUUUACAUCAGUUUUAUUUAAAUAAUAAAGAUUUAAUGCCAACCACAUCAUUAAGUAGUAAUCAAUAUAGAUAAACAUCUACACAUUAAAUUGAAGAAGAAUAAUCUUAAUCUAAAUAAUUUGAUAUUGAUGAAAUGGAAAGCCCUAUUUAAAAGUAGAAUAACGACACCUUAAUAUAAUAGUAAUAAACAUCCAAUGUUUAUUAUUAUAUGCCAAAUAGUAAAGAGUAAUCGAUUAAAUAUUUAUUGUAAACGGCUUAGCAGAUAUAUUCAACAAUUUAUGAAAGAGUAGAUCGUGUGAUACAAGAAGAACCAUUAUGUAAACACAGAUUUCGAUCAUUUAGCGAGAUCAUAUUAAAUUGA